AUGGCCCCAAUCACUUCACCCCUGAAGGUACACUUGCGGCGCGACCGCUCCAUCACCCAAUUCAUGCUGGAAAAUGUCUGUAACACGGAUUCUGGCAAAGUAAUUUGCGAGGACACUUUGUCCGACAAGCGUUUGACUUAUGGAAGUGUGCGCGAGGAUGCCUUCCGGGUGGCGGAAUCCAUGCGUACGGUGUAUGGACUUCAACCCGGCGAUGUGGUGUCUAUUAUCUCCAGAAGUUGUGUCGACUACAUCCUUGCCACUCAUGCGGUUUGGGCCGCUGGUGCCACAGUGAGCACUAUCAACCACUCAAACACGGCCAAAGACAUUGCAUUCGCCAUCGGGAUCGUGAAGCCCAAAAUUAUAAUCGCUGAUGCGGCCGUCAAGAAGAAAGUGGAUGAUGCCGUACAACGUGAUCGGUCUCAGGUCUCGAUCAUGACUCUCCUGUCCCGCGUACCUGGCCACCAUUUGUUUCCAGAUGAUUUUCUUCUCCAGCCCGGUGCCAGGAUCUCCCCCGAAGCGUACGUGCUUGAUGGGCAAGACGCACACAAACGGUGUGCUGCCAUCGUGCUGUCAAGCGGCACCACCGGUCUUCCCAAGGCCGUGAUGCUCUCUCACUACAACCUGACAGCCAUCUGCGAGAUGCUUCGGCUCCAUGACCGGGACAACUGGAGAGGAGACAUGAGAGAGGUGUUCUUCCCGAUUUUUCUAGUUUCCCAUAUCUACGGAAUGUACGUUUGCGCCCUGCUCGGGCCGUGGCUGGGAUGCUACAUCCAAUUGAUGCAUGCAUUUGACAUGGGAACUUUCUGCCAGUUACUGCAUACAAAGAAAGCCACAUUGGCCAGGCUAGUUCCAACAGUAGCUCUAGCUCUGUCUGAGUCUCCUAUCGUGUCAAAGUACAAAUACCCGGACCUGGAAUACUUUUCUUGUGCAGGAGCAGUGCUAAAGGUUGCUUCUUUUCAUCUAUCUCCUCUUCAAUCUUAG